GAGAAUUGGUGCUCUCAUUUUUCAUUUUAUGUCAUUUAUAUAGUAAAAAGUUGAAUUAAGGGGCCUUGAUCGUCAUAGAUUUCCCUCUUUCUGUACGUAGCAGUUGAAAUCUUCAAAUUUCCUAGUUUCUCUUUCAGUUUCUCCUGUGACUGUGGGAGAAGAUGGGCUUAAUCCUUCCCAAGGGCUCCCCACCAUCAAAAAUGCCUUCACAAUAAGGUUGAAUCAAUGUGUAGGCCGACAUCUAGCAACUCAGUUUCUCCAUUUUUGUUGCUACUGCCAUUCGUUCAAGUGGGCGGUCUCUCAGUUCUUCCCACAAUUUGAUGUUCUCGGUUUUUGCUUGUACGUGACCGUGGGAUUAACAUUUGGUUGGUUGUAUGCCCGUUUCUUGGAAACCCAUGGAGCUAAACAGAGGUGGGUUUGCAGAAAUAGAGAAUGUGGAUGAGUUUGUCGAAUCUCGAUCCCAUGAGACAACUCACGACCGUCCGCCGGAGGAGCAUCGGUUGCUUCUCAAUUCCACUUUAUUUUGGAUUAUGUUGGGGAGAUCAACGUUACCAUGGAUUUGAGUGGAUUGUCAUGGAAGCGGAUUGAUGAUUCGCUGGACACUUCUACUUGUCUCGAGAUUCAGUUAUUGUACAGGGGACUGUCAGAGAUCAAAUUUUCAGAGAUACAUGAUAUUGAACUUGCUAAUUGGAGCUUGAUUCAUGAAUGUCGCCUACUAGAUGUUGGAAGAUGCACCGAUUUGUGGUACAUGCAUUCAUCAGAACAAAGACAGAGCCUUCUCUUUGGGUUCUAGCAACGUAUAUGUUUCGACAGCCGUCUUUUGGUGUUUAAGAGAUGCAACAAUGGCCUCUCCGAGGCAACUUUUUUGUGUCUUCAGGUUUUUGUUCAUCCAUUUAGUGGAAAGGAAAAGGACGUCUGAUAUGAGAAAGUGUCUCUCCCAUAUUCACCCGUGCUAAACUGGUCUCAAAGUUAUGAAUAUGACUAAAUGUCACUUAAAACAUUUUCACGCUUGACUGCGUGCCGGCAGUGCAUUGAACUUAAAAGUAUUUCUUAAUAUGCAUUGGACUGGUGGACUACAAACUAGUGAAUGGGGCACUCUCUUGUUCACAGACAAUGA